AUGAACAGUGUAGGAGAGGCAGCAGAUGCGCGUGCAGGUUCGUUUGGGGUGGAUCUAGACGCUGAGGAAGAGGAUGAUGACGAUAAUAUCCCAUUUGCUUGCUUGUUGUGUCGCGAGCCAUUCACAAACCCAAUCGUGACGCUGUGUGGCCACUAUUUCUGCGCCAAGUGUGCCAUUGCGCGCUUUGCCAAGACGCCGAAGUGUUUUGCGUGUGGUGCCAAGACCAAUGGUCUAUUCAAUUCGGCAACAAGGAUCAUUGAGCGCAUGAACAAGCGUCAGGCGACGAAGCAAGAAGCACGUGCAGAGCGUCGGAGGAUGCACGGCCUUGAUGACGGCGAACACCAUACUGACGAGCUCUCGCAGGAUGGGAUCAUCAUUGAUUCGAACGAGACGCCGUCCGGUGCUUGA